AUGGAAAUUAUUAAUUACCUUCCACCAGCUGCUUGUGAAAAUUGUCCACAACAUAAAUAUUGUACAAGAUGUUAUUUCCAACAACUUCAAUUUAUGUCUGCACUUACCAUUCACCAAAAAGAAAUUUCACAACCUAAAAAAAGGAAAAAUACUGGUCAUGAUGAACCAAAUUCAAAUUUCUAUGAAUCUGACAUAGAGUCAGAUGACGAUGAUGAACAACAACAACAACAACAACAACAACAACAACAACAACAACAACAACAACAACAACAACAACAACAACAACAACAACAACAACAACAACAACAACAACAACAACAACAACAAGAACCAGAUUCCGGAACUGAAACCGAAAUCCAAAUUGAAUUUGAUGAUGAAAUGGAAUCUUAUCAUGGAACUGUAUCAGAAUUUGAUACAAGUUAUAGUGAAAUGGAAUCAGAAUUUGAAGAAUCUGAUUAUUCAGAAUUUGAGUUGGAUAAUUAUGAAAAUAAUAAUUUUAAUUUUAUGAAACCCCAAAAUAAUAACAAAUCUUAUCAAAAUAAUAAAUAUAAUAAAUAUAAUAAUAAAUAUAGUAAUAAUAAUAAUAAUGCUUAUAAAAACCAUAAUAAAUAUGAUAAUAAUUAUAAUAAUAAAUAUAAUAAUAAAUAUAAUAAUAAUAAAUAUAAUAAAAACAAAAAAUAUCAAAAAUAUGAAAAUAAUCAAAUAUUAAGUUUUUUAAAUUAA